CGUCACACUGCGCGCGGAGGAAGCGGGGGUGUCCGCGUGCGUCACACGACGCUGGAGCGUAGCCGCGCGCGCGCGCCUUCCAACAGCAAUAACGGCACCUCAGCUCUCCGCCGCAUCUCUCCGUUUAACGCCAUGCAAUCCAAAAGGCAAAAUGCUACGUGACUGGCAUGGCGUAGAAUCUAAGACAUCCGUGGCGUCUUUGCUUUCCUGCUGCUUCCUAUAAUCUACUGCUGACGUCUUCGGGACACUGCAGAACAGCGUCGAGAUCUCAGGGAAUACAUCAAGAGUUAGCACUGACUGCACCCUGAGUGGACCAUACCAGCAUGCCUGAGCAAAGCAAUGACUACCGUGUGGUGGUGUUUGGGGCUGGAGGUGUUGGCAAGAGCUCCCUGGUCCUUCGUUUUGUGAAGGGCACGUUCAGGGACACGUACAUCCCCACGGUGGAGGAUACAUACCGGCAGGUGAUCAGCUGUGACAAAAGUGUGUGCACGCUGGAAAUCACUGACACGACCGGCAGCCACCAGUUCCCAGCAAUGCAGCGCCUGUCCAUCUCCAAGGGUCACGCAUUCAUCCUGGUGUACUCCAUCACCAGCCGCCAGUCACUGGAGGAGCUCAAACCCAUCUAUCAGCAGGUGCUGGCCAUCAAGGGCAACGUGGAGGGCAUCCCAAUCAUGCUGGUGGGCAACAAGAGUGACGAGAGUCAACGUGAGGUUGAGACCAAGGAAGGGGAGGCGCAGGCCAACAGCUGGAAGUGUGCCUUCAUGGAGACGUCGGCCAAGACCAACCACAAUGUCACCGAGCUCUUCCAGGAGCUGCUCAACCUGGACAAGAAGCGCGACAUGAGCCUCAACAUGCGUUCCAGCAAGCAACGCAGGGCUGACAAGCUGAAGGCCAAGUGCAGCAUCAUGUAGAGAUGGUUUGAGUGGUGGAGAAAGAUGGAGCAGAGUCAUUUCAGCAAUGACAUGACUGGAUGAAAAUGUACAAAAGUCACUCAUCACAUUAGUCCCAUUUCUUUGGAUCUGAAUCAGGUAUUCUUCGGUGCACGGUUGACCAACCAGACUCUUUUCUCUUUUCAUUUAUUCUCUUUGAUGAUUUAUUUGGCUCCUGUAAUGACCACUAGAAUCAAGAGAAGUCUUAAAGUUGACUUCACCCAAUCCCCCUACCAUCUGAUUGAGUUGACUUGGACAUCUUCAGUAUUAACUUGUCCUUCUCCCCUCUCUACCUGCUCAUGCACAGCUUUCCUCAACAAGAUUUGUUUUCAACCUGUAACAAAAAACCUAAUCAUCAUCAUGAUCAUUUUUAGGGCUUCGUGUCUUGUAAAGGAUUUUGUUCAAAACUCGAAUAGAAAAACGUCUUGAACCGGUUAUGCACUUUAUCAUGUUCUCAAUGGGCGAAUGAGACCACAAGCGCAACAAGGUGACCGCAUUAUCCAGCUCUUCCAAAUUAGACAUUACAACAGCACAAAAGCAUGUUAGAAAUUAGAAGAUUUGGGUUCACAGACUUUUCUUUGUUGGCUUUGUAAUAGUACAAACAGGUUCGAACAAGCAAACAUGAAUAGUGAAUGAUGCACAUUUGAUCAUGUAGAACUACCUUCCUACUCAUUGUGAUAAUAGAGUUGUCAUCAAAUACAGAGCUUUACUUAAACAAAGCACAGCAAAGCAGUUUAAAUAUCGAAAGCAUUUUUCCCGAUGUUGGUGGCACGCGAAAACCUGAAAUAUGCAUUAAUCAUUAAUCUAACUGAAACAUUUAACCUGUGCGUGAAAUCUAAAUGUGUAUUAAUCUCAUUUGUAUUGAAUACCCUUGUAUAGUUAAUGUUUUUUCUUUAUUUAGUGUAUAUAUAUAUCCUCUGACUAUUUAAUGCCAUUGCUUUAGCAAUACAUUAUAUAAAAGCACUUUUAGAAUCUUGAGCACAUUCAAAACAUUAAAAAUGAACCUUUACAGAAACGUUUUGUCAGACACUCUGCGUUUACAAUUUUAAAGCAGGUACAGUGUUUAUCUAAUAAUAUUAUGUGAAGGACCAGAAAUAAAAAAUAAAGAAGCACAAACAUAUGGUGUAAAAUAAAUAUUGGACUACUUGUCUUGUUCUGUGAUUUUGAAAUGACAAAUGCAACAUAAACUGUGAUGUACAUAUUAUUAAUAUCAUAAUAGGUAAAGAAAAAGCUUGUCAUGUGAGUAUGAGUAACUUAAUAACUUUGCAUCAAUUUAGAAAGGCAAUAAGAGAUAUAUUAGGAUCAGCUGUAACUAUUUGCAUCACCUUUUUGAUGUCUUUAUGUUUCAUGAUAUGCUAAAUGAAAAUGCAUUAAACCUG